AUGGCAUUCCAACCUCAGGUCGACACCGAUGCAGAGUUUCCUCUCCACCCGCUCUUUGCGCACGCCCACGAACAAAGCGUCGGCUGUUGGGUUUCCAUCGACGGCCGCAUUGAUUGCGAGUUGCAACAAUUGACGGACAGCCUCGAUCCAUAUACGACAAUGCACCGGUACAUUCGCACAAUGUGUGGGCCGGUUGCAGCGGCCAGCCGCCAGACCAUACGCGCCUACAAGGCUUGCGCGCGAAGCCUCCUCACCCUUCGCGUCCUCGUACAGAACCGGCGUAAGGACAAAACCCCUAUUUUGGUGUUUGCUUCGCGAGCACAAGUCCUCUGCCUGGCGCCUUCGACAGAUGCAGUUCAAAACGGAACAGCUGAAUGCGACAACCUUGUGGCGUUCUCGCAGGACGAUGUGCCGCGCGUCGCCAUGGGGGUCGCUCACGACCCGUGGGAUCAUGUUCCCCGGUUGUCUAUCGUUCAAAUAAACACCAAUGAGUUUGUGUCGUCCGCACCUCUUCCCAAACAGGUCAAGGACGCGGAUCAGGGAACUAUCCUCCUUUCUACGGGAGACUUUGUUGUCUUACAACUGCAGUUCCGCCUCGGCAACGAUGGGACGAUCUCCAAGGAAUGGGACGCCCUCGGCACUAUCGAGGCCAUCUUCCUUCCUUAUGUACCUUGGAACGGCGUCCCCGCAAUUACUCAAUUGCCUCCCUUGCUGCCCACCGUCCAAUCCCCCACGUCCGUGUGCGGUAUCCCUGCGAUUGGACAUCUACUACGUGUACCACUCGACCAGGAAGCCGUUCGGCAUUAUUUUGCGGACUUUUGGCAACAUGGUAAGGAGGUCUACAUGCGUACCCACUUCGGCGCCACUCCUUCGGGGAAUUGUCCAGAGUCGUAA